AAUCCCGGCCCAGAGCUGCGCAGCAGCGUUGCGCAGCUUGGUGAAAUACGCAGCCAUUUCUCUUCAUCUUGUUGUCAAGCCACAGGUCCGAGAAUGCAAAUACUGCAAUAGUGGCUGAUGUUGGGGGUUUGUAGGCGAAUUUAUUUUAUAUCUAAUUGAGAGACUAAAACUUUUUCCUUCUCAUAAGCAUUGAGAGAAACAACCACAUAGGCAGCCUGUUUACACGGGAUCGAGCGAUUCCAUACUAUAGCCAAGAAAGUGCGCUUGGUAGACGGGGUAAUGUCGUUGAAUAUCACUGUGAAAAGUGAAGACUCCGAGUCCUUUGACGAAGAAGACGAAUCAUCUUCGCUGCUUUCUGGCAAAAGAGGCUCCGAGUCUGCAGCUCGUCACGAUAUUUCUCCGGGAGAAGGCGGUCCAAUAGAAGACCAUGCAGGGUAUUCAACACAGCAUGGGCGGCUGGCAACUAAAACCACCACCAAACCCAUCGUACUGUAUCCUGUGAGUGCUGACCGUUUCUUUUCCUCGACUUCUGCAGAUGGCAAAACCAUCUUAAAGAUAGCUCCAGCCCCAGUCACGACCCUCCCGACUCCUCGGCCUCCUCCCCAGGUGUCCCCAGAGUUCUCCUACCAGGCCAUCGUGUACCUGAUCGAAGCAGUGGGGCGCCGUUGGAGCCUGUAUGGGACCCGGGAGCGUUCGCAGCUCUUCCAGAGCGUGCAGAAGGAGUUGGAGGAGCAGGGUCACUGUCUCCCUGUUGAGAAGAUCCGCCGCAAGUGGAACAACUUGAUCGUCACCUAUAAGAGGGUCAAAUACAGAGGCAGGGAGACCGGCCAGGCCAGAACCUCCUGGGAGUACUUUGAGAUGAUGGAUGCCAUGCUUGGUGACACCAUCGGCGCAGAGACCACUAGCAGCCCUACCCUAGUAACCAGCAUCCCUAAGGUGAACGUCGCCACGGAAACCACCAAAACAGAGCAGAAGCCCCUUCUCCUUCCCCAUGGCAACCUCAUCACUGCCUGCACUCGGACACUCAGCCUUGUCCCCUCCUCCCUCCCACUCCACACACCAGUUCCCUCCACCCUCCCUCUCUAUACCUUUGUCAGAUCCCUCCCCACCCCUGUCUGCUCCUCCCUCCCUCUACCCAACCCUUUGGACACACCCUCCCCCAGAAUAGCUAAUAACACAGACCCUCUACAGCCAAACCCCUCCCCUGAUCCGGUCGCACAGCCCCCUGCCUCCCGUCACAUCCCCUCCAACCUCAGCCGCGUGCACCUCCGCAGAAAGAAGCACGGACGCUUCUCCUCCUGCUCCUCCUCCAAGGGCUCCUCCAUUAUCUCCCUUCUGGCCCAGCAGCAGAAGCGAGUAGAAGAAGGCACCUCCCUGCUGCAGGAGUUCCUGAGGAGGCAAGAGGGGCAUGCCAAGGAGGAGCAGGUCCGUCACAGCAGGGCAGAGGCCCGGGGGAGGAGGCGCGAGAGGAGGGAGGCACGCAUGGCAGAGUCCCUGGGAAGGAUGGCCACAGCUUUGGAGCUGCUCUCCUCCAAACAGGACACAGUCAUUGCCCUGCUGCAGAGACUGGCCGAGAGAGACAGGAAGUGACAGUCAUCGCCCUGCUGCAGCAUGCGACCGAAGUGGCACUCUUUUUCCCUAUAUAUUGCGCUACUUAUGAGCUAAAACACAGUAAAACCCACCUGGUGUCCCAGGUCAAAAUCGGUCCCUGAUUAGAGGGGAAGAAUGAAAAUUAGCAUUCCAUUUCGGAUGCAGACUCGGAUAAUGUUAAUUUACAUUUUUAUUUUUUUAUUUAACCAGGUAGGCUAGUUGAGAACCAGUUCUCAUUUGCAACUGCGACCUGGCCAAGAUAAAGCAAAGCAGUGCGACACAAACAACAACACAGAGUUACAC